CUCUCCGCCCACCUUCCAGCACCAGGACCCGACCACCGGCCGGUCCCUGCAGUGYGACCGCUGCCCGCCGGGAACCUUCCUGCGCGCGCACUGCGCGUCGGACAAGAGCAGCCAGUGCGCUCCGUGUCCGGAGGGCUCGUACACGGAGCUGUGGAACUACAUCAGACAGUGUUUGCGCUGCGGGGUGUGCGGCCGGAACCAGGUGGUGAAGAAGGAAUGCACCGCACACAGCGACUGUCAGUGCGAGUGUAAACAGGGCUACUACUACAACCCGCAGUACAGCAUGUGUUUCCCGCACAGCGAGUGUCCCACCGGACAGGGGGUCCUGACUCCAGGGACACCUGAGAAGGACACCGUGUGCCACGUUUGCUCCAAAGACACCUUCUCUGAUGCCUCCUCUGCUCAGGACAGCUGUAAGCUGCACAGGAGCUGCAGCGAUGCGGGGCUGCAGCUGGUGCUGAACGGCUCCAGCUGGCACGACAGMGUGUGUGCCAACUGUGAAGAGCUUAAAGACAAAGCUGAAUAUUUCAAAGAGAUCAUCCCAGCUUUCUUCGCUCACCACAAAAUGAACAUCAAGCGCCUGCGUCGAAUCGUGCACAAGCUCCCGUCUGAAGGGGACAAAAAGGAAAGAGAGACGUUGGAGCUCAACUUCUCGGAGCUCCAUUCGCGGAUCAGCAGCUGGGUUUCCUCGGCCUCGGCGACGCAGAUCCUGCAGCUCCCGGAUGUCGUGAUUAAAGUGGGAGCGGACAGCAUCGGUGAGAGGCUGCAGAAGAAACUAAACCAAACCGACACAAAUCUGUCCCAGAACUGUCRCCUGGAUAACACGGUGGAAGCAGAUUUAAGUUCAGUCCAGGGCUGAACGGUAAACAAAUACCAAGCGUCAUGUUUUGCAGAUGUUUUGUUACAGAUGUUUUGUUACAGAUCUUUUGUUACAGAUCUUUUGUUACAGAUGUUUUGUUACAGAUCUUUUGUGUUCAGAUUCAGUCAGAAACAUGACGAUUUAUGAGCAAAUGUUCUGUUCUGUUGAUCACUGCUGUAUCGUUUGCGAGUAACGUCUUCAGGAAGCGUCCGUUCUGCUGUGCGAGAUCCGGCUUCUGAAGACUGUUGCUCGCAGAGGGUUGAGAGAGAACAAUAUAAAUUAAUAAAAACAAUAAAUAAACAAUGCAAGUUUAUAUCCAAAUCACUGACAAUAACCUACAGGUCAAAAACUGUUACCUCUCCUGAUUCCAUCUAGUAAAAACAUGUUACACCUGUUCUGUUUUGUUCUGUUGUUUCAUAUUGCAGCUUAAUGUAUAGAUCAUUAUUUAUUUAAAGUGAAUGAAAUGAAAGUUAAGAUGUGGUCUUUAGUGUGACAGAAUGUAGAAAUGUUUUUAAUCAUAUAUUUUUUAUAYAGAAGCUGUGCAUGUAAUUAUAGAAUAUGCUGCUUGGAUUAUUGUUUUAAAUAAAGAGAUAAUAUAAUCAGCCUUAAA